UCUCCUUGUCUUUCUCACUCUGUCACCGGGACCGUUGAUGCUGCCUACCUGUGUUAGCCACUGCAGGCAACUUGCACUACUACUCACCAAUCAUCACCGAAUUAUCUUACAGGGCAGAGUGAAGAAGAAAAGGAGACAAGAAGAGAGAGAGCUCUCACUGUGAGAGUAGAAGACAGAAGAAGAGGGAGUAAGAGGAGUAGCAGGGAUGGCCAACAAGUCCAGCACACUGCCGCGAGUCACCUUUCAGACUCCAGAGAAGCCUGAGGAGGAAUCCUCCCACAGGAAACUAGGCAAGCUAACUGUGAAGUACAACCGCAAAGACCUUCAACGAUGGCGAGACCUGGAGGAAUGGAUUGAUGCCCAGUUGCAGGAGCUGUACCAGUACCAGCUACAGGAGGAGGCAGAAGCAGCCGUCCCUGAACCAGAAAUUGACAUUGAAGAUCUUCUGGAGGUCCCUAAUGAUGAACAGAAGUCAAAGCUCCAGGAAAUUCUUCAUGAGUGUUCCCGACCUACAGAGGACUUCAUUACUGAACUGCUGAGCCGGUUGAAAGGUCUCAGGAAAAUCCCUUCCCCACAAAAGAAAUGAUUCCACCCAUCUUGUGAAGCCUCUAUCAUUGCUUCUAUGGAAACAUGCAUCUCCCCAGGGAAGAGAAUCAUGGGAAGAUUAUUUUUAGUUUCUUCUGGAAUAUGGUGUCACUAAGAAACACCUUACAUACUUUCUGCACCAUGGGGGUUGAAUUACUUCUUUUCGUCCCCACUCCUGACUUAUUUGAGUAAUUUGUCAAUAUUUAAAAAGCCGUGAAGUUUGGGGACAGGCCAAGAUGACCUUCAUGCUUCUCCUCUAAUUUCCUUCUCAAAGGAACCCCUGCUCCACCUGAGCAGCACUGAACACAGCUCCAUCAUAGCCCAUCAAGGCUGCUUAUUCCAUCCAGUGACUGAAAGGAAAAAUAAGUCAUUGGCUGUCAUCCACACUUCUACUGAACUGCUCCUCCUCCCUGCCUAUUUGAGACAGAAACCAAGAUGUCUUUGUUAGUGCAUUGUACAGACUCCAAGACAGCACAUGGCCAGAAAGCUGCUUCCUGUAUGUUUCCAGUCAGUGUUUUUAUUCAUCAUCCUUCACUCAGUGCUCAUUGAAGCUUUUCUCUUUAUCCCACUGUGUGUCUAUCAUUAAUGAAUAUUUAAGAGAUGAGUGAAUGUAUGCAGCAGCCACUAAGGUUAAUGGAAAAUAGUCAGGCUUUAUUUUUGUUCUCUGUGGUGCAUGGGACUUCUGCAGAUACUGCUGUCAGGAACAAAGGAGUUUGUCAAGGAUUUUCCCUGUCAUAACCAUUGGGAUAUUAUUAUUAUCCCAAAAACAUUUUGUAAGAUGCUUAUUUUGUAUAUUA